GUACUAAUUCGUUCAAAAAUCCUUUUUAUUUUUCGGUCCAAAUUAUCUAAGCGCAUUAGCAUGCCAAAAAUGGUUAGCUCUCAUCUUGUGUGACCUUUUUUCGAAAUCGACUUAAAUGGUACGACAUGUUGGUAUAUAUAUAUGUUGAAAACGGAAUAAUAAAGGAAGACCGACUAAAUGUACCAUUAUGUUAAUCAAUGUAAACGUUAAGUAUCAUUCUGUUAAACCUCAAAAGUAAGGUGACCAUUUCUGUAAUUGAACCACAUCACAUAUCCAUUUGACAAUCUGCACAAUAGAAGUAAACCAAACGACAUGUGUUAGCAGGGGAAAAACAGAGUACUUUCAUAAUUGCCAUGGAUUAUCUCCGCCAAAAGAUGAUUUCUUCGUCUUCCUCCUUCGAAACAUUCAAAAUCCCCUGCCUCUUCACACUUGCAUCCAUCCUUGUAGUCACCUUCUUCAUCAUCCGAAAGCAGAGGUCCAAAACCGCCGCUCUAAACCUCCCGCCGGGUCCAUGGAGGCUUCCCAUCACAGGAAACAUCCACCAGAUGGUCGGCGACCAGCCUCACCGUCGGCUACGAGAUCUCGCCGGCAAAUAUGGCCCCGACGUGAUGAGCCUUCAGCUUGGGGAGCUCUCUUACAUCGUAAUCUCAACCCCUGAAGCCGCCAAGCUAGUGAUGAAAACCCACGACAUAGCUUUCGCUUCCAGGCCUUAUAUCCUGGGCCCAGAUACACUCUACUACGGUUGCAAGGAAAUCGGUUUCGCGCCCUACGGAGAGCACUGGAGACAGCUGCGCAAGAUCUGCACUCUGGAACUCUUCAGCGCCAAACGAGUUCAAUCUUUCCGCCACAUCAGGGAAGAAGAGGUGUCCAAUCUCGUGGCUUCUCUGGCUCGUUCUGCAGAUGCAGGGGAGCCUGUGAAUCUGACUCAGAUGCUGUUUAAGCUAUCGAGUACCGUAACUUCCAGGGCCGCAUUCGGUGAAGUACAGGAGCUAAACGAUGCUUUUCAGAUUGUUGUCAAUAAUAUUUCGGAUGCUUUCGCAGGUUUCAAAAUCUCUGAUCUUUAUCCUUCCUUCAAAUUACUCCCGACCCUCACUGGGUACAGAGCAAAGUUACAUCAGCUGCGGAAAGCAACAGAUUCGGUAUUAGAAGAAAUUAUCGGUGAACAUAGAUCGAGAAGAAGUGCGGGAAGGAAAGAUGAUAGUGAGAAAGAGGAUCUUGUCGAUGUCCUUCUGAAUCUUCAAGGAAAACAGGACCUUGGAAUACCCAUUACAAUGGAAGUCAUAAAAGCAGUGACUUUGGAAAUAUUUUUGGCGGGUAUUGAAACAUCAUCGACAAUACUGGAAUGGACCAUGUCUGAACUUAUAAAAAAUCCAAGAGUGCUUCAAAAGGCUCAAGAAGAGGUCCGGAAGAUGUUAGGCGAUGGCAGAAAAAUUGUAGACGAAGCAAGCCUUCAUCAACUGACGUACUCGGACAUGAUUAUUUCCGAAGUUCUAAGGUUACACCCUCCCAUUCCUUUACUUAUUCCUAGAGAAAGUAGAGAGAAGGUGGAACUCAAUGGAUAUGAUGUCCCAAUCAACACCAAGGUCAUUGUGAAUGCCUGGGCAAUCAGUCGGGAUCCCCGUCAUUGGGUCGAACCGGAGAAAUUCUACCCUGAGAGAUUCUUGGACUGCUCAACGGAUUACAAGGGGAAUGAUUUCCAGUUCAUUCCAUUCGGUGCUGGAAGAAGGAUAUGUCCCGGGAUUUCUUUUGGGAUGGCGGUCGUUAAACUGACGCUGGCGAAUCUGCUCUAUCACUUUCACUGGGAACUUCCAUCCGAAAUGAAACAAGAAGGCAUUGAUAUGGCCGAAAGUUUUGGAACGUCACUGAGAAGGAAGAAUGCUCUUCGUUUGAUUGUGAUCCCAAUUGAUGCAGUUUGAUGGGAAGGAGAACAAAUGACAAGAUGUAUAAAUAAGUGAAAGAUUCUCGUUAUGAGAUCUUAUGUUCUUUUUUCUUCUUCUUCUUCUUGUUGCUCCUGAUUUCUUCACUCCCGUCAAAACUCAAAAGCACUCUAGUACCUAGCAAAUUUCCUUAUUUUUAUAAGAGCCUUUAUUCAUUGAGAUAAGAGUGGUUGAAUGGAGAAGAGCCACAGGAAAAAAAAAUGUUGAAGAGUGUUAGGGCAGACACCAGUGAACGAUAUUACGUGAUCAUCCAACUCAUGAAAUCGUACUUAGCUAUCAUUAAACUUCUUUGUCCCUA